AUGUGGAUACUGACUGACUUAUCAGACUUUGUGCGUCCAGGUGCUCAGAUGGCGCAGAAGACCUCGAGGGUCGACAGCCCGACAAGCUCCUCUGUCGUCUUUGCGGCUCCUCCCUCUAUCGAUGUAGACCACGAGUCCCUUCUGAGCCCUCCCUCGCUUCUCUCCGUGCCGGCGUCUUCCUCCGUGCGCUACGCGUACUUGCGCCUCGGGCGUCUUUUUACUGCGGCCAGAGCCAUAGGGUUAAAGCGCGAAUUGAACUAUGUUGUAGAGUCUCGCGCCGUCCCAAGUGACAUGGACCCUCUUCUGCCUUACACGCCGACUCAGCCGGCGUGA